UGCUUUGUAAACCUUAAAAAGAACUUAAAAAAUUACAUGUUAAAACCCCUAGGAUCAUUACAAGACAAAUUUCCUAGAGAUAUGUACACAAGUGUGGUCCUUAAGCGUGUGUGAGCCUUCCCAAAACCCCAAUUCUCCUUUUCUCCUUUCUGCUUUCUCCUUCACUAUCAUUCAACCUAAUACCCACACCAGAUCCUAUGGCGGAUUCCACCAAUAAGCUAGAAGAUGACCAACCUCCGCCGUCUACGGCGUCUCCGACGUAUUUGAUUCUCUUAAGGCUCAUGAGCAAGAGGCGGACAUGGGUUUUCCUUUUUCUAUUUGUCUACACAAUCCUCUUGUCAUCCUCUUGGAACCUUCUCAAAUCCGUACUAUCAUGGUACGACUCCACCGUCACCACCUCCCCCUCAUCUUCAACUGGGUGGCCGGCGAUCUACGCUUCGGUGGCUUUGGGUGUGAUCUUCGGGCUUCUUUCCAUGGCCGCCGCUUUGGCCGUGGCGAUUCCGGCGACCCUGGUCACGUGGAUCUCCGUGUUGGUUUUGUUGACCUUCUUCGGGAAGCCGCGGAAGUCUCUGGUGGUGGAAGGGAAGAAACUGACGGCGGAGAUUACUCGGACGGUGGGUAAGAUUUUGAUCAAAGAAGGGAAUUUGGUUGCUGCUGUUUGUGCCGUUUUGGGGUAUAUUCUGCUCGUUAGAAAUGGCGGAAAAGACUAAAUCCAAACCAAUGUACAAUUUUCAAUGCGUUUUGUACAAGUUAGUAUAGCAGUAACUGUUCUGGAUUUUGUUAUUUCUGUUCUGGAAAUAGAUUUUACCUUAUUUUGCCUCAAA